AUGCCUAUGGAAGCAGUAGAGAACGACGCUGCGGCGGAGAGCGGCCCAAUUGGGACUAUUAGCCGAGCUGUAAGAAGACUCACCUGUUUCUCGAACUGUAGCUCAGACUCCUUCCAGCACUUCCGGUCUAACAUUGUUGGUAUAGUGCGACCGAUGCCGUGCGAGGAAGCCAAGAUUCGAUGCGACAGGCUCUCCCCAUGUUCCAACUGCCGAGCCAUUCAGCAUAGCUGUAGCUCAGGUGGAGGACCAUUCAGACACAGGGAAUCUAGGCAGAGGGUCCUGAUUUCCACAGAAUAUGAGCACAAGAUCGAUCGAAUUGAAUAUCGCCUGACCGGCAUCGAACGGCUCCUACAAGAUAGCCAUCCGCCGUCUAGCACUCAAGGGCCAGCGGAACGCGCCGGACAAACCGCAGAAGCAGUCGCCAGGCCGAGCUCGGAGCUGGUCGAGACCGCGAACAGCAUCUCGGAGAAUGUCGAGUCUGAGAGGGCCUUUGAAGGCGACAGCUCCAUGACGGCAGCAACUGUCUUUGCAAGCGAGUUUCUCGAGAAUGCGGUGGAGCGAUCGCCGAGCUACACGGCGAACUCGCCGGUGCAUGCUGCCGUCCUAUCGCUGAAGGAGAUGGCCAGCAUGCAAAGUCUCCAGUCAUCAAAAGGCACCCUCCCAUACAAGAGACAGAUAGCGAAUCCUGCGCUGAGAGGCCUACAACUCCCGCCUCAGCAACCCGUCCUCUCUAUUCUGAGGGAGAUGAAAGAGAUAUCACCCAUAACAUUGACUGUUAUAUGCUUCUUCAUCCCAAUGGAAAGGUUUGUAGAAUGCUGUCGCGAGGUUUAUUUCGCCCUGGAGGACUUCUCGCUCUCGACUUUUCUCAUUGUGAACGCCGGGCUUCGCUAUCUAUUCCAGGAGAAGCACCUCACCGCCAGUGAACAGGCCUCCAUGGAAGAGUAUCGCUCCUGGUCUCACUUGUGCAGAUGCAACGUGGAGACUGCCUUGGCUAAUCUCAGCUUCCUCUUGCCCGCAAGCUCGGAGAAUAUAGAGGCGCUCCUACUUGGAUCCAUAUACUGCAUAGAAACGUCACAGACUUCGCUCGCGUGGCAGCUGAGUGCGGGCGCAGCGCAAAUGUGCCAGACACUCGGGUGGCAUCGCCUCCCGUCCCACAGUGACAGCUCUGUCGACCGGAAGCUUCCCCUCUUUUGGUUCACCUAUCUCCUCGACAAGGGGCUAGCUCUCCGCUUGGGACGCAUUUCCGUCCUUCAGGACCACGAGAUCACGCUUCGUAGGCAAUUCAAUAGUGCUGGCGUGCCCAGAGAAUGGCAGAACUUGAUGACUCAGUGGAUUCACCACUCGGAAAUUGUUGGCAAAGUCUACCAAGACCUCUAUAGCCCGGCCACGUCCACAAAGCCCAUGCCAGAACGCACCAAACUUGCCGAGUUUCUUCUUGCCCGUCUCAAAGAAACGAUGGACGCCUCGACAGCGUCGGCAGGAGAAGCACGCGCGGCGACGGGCGGCCAGCCCUUGAGGUACGGCUUCCCCCCACAAAGCAUUCUGGCGAUGCUCUUGAAGUUCGACGAGGUUUGGUAUUGGGCAAGCGUAACCCUCGUGCAUCGAGCUCUCCGGUCAAACGAAGGGUUCAGUGAGCCCUGCAUUCAGGCCGCUAGAAGUGCCUUCAAAGCCCACCGGGAGUGCAUACACAUGACAGAGACGAGCCCACACAUGAAAGCGGCAUACCUACUCUGGACCAUCAUUUAUACACCCUUCACGCCUCUCAUCGUGAUUUUCUGCCACGUCAUCGAGUCCGGAAAUACCGAAGAUCUACGCAUCCUCAGCGAUUUUACCGGGUCACUUGAGUCGGUAUCCGCGACAACAGAGCCAAUAAAAAGGCUACACAGCCUGUGUCAAGUCCUGCGCGACGUGGCAGCUAUAUUCGUUGGGUCCAAGGCCCAGAACUCCCGGGACCAGCUCAUAAUGGCCGGUAAUGAGUUUGAUACUUAUCUGGGUAACAUGAUGGGAUUACCGGUUACAGAUCCUAGUCGUCAAAACUCCGUCUCCGCCUUAGAGAUGGAAGAGCCGGCGAUGGUGGCAGAAACACAUGUGUCACAGCUCCGAGGCUGGAUGGCGGGCAAUCCACACAUAUUUAGCAUGUUAGAGGACGACCUAUCUCAGUACCUAAGAUAG